AUGUCGACAUUCUAUAAUCAACUUUCUGAAAAUUUUGGAAGUCUUCUCGAAACAGAAAUCAAUCAUGAUGUUAUUAUUCAAGUCGGAAAAUUUCCUAAUCAAAAACAAUUCAAAGUUCAUUCUUUAAUAUUGAGAUUUACAGAAAUUGAAUUAUGGAAUAAAUUAAUUGAAUGGGGAAAAGCUCACAUUCAAGAUGUGACCGAAGGUGGUGAAGAUAUUAUGAAUUGGUCAAAAGAGGAUUUUAAUAAUUUAGAGGAAAUAUUACAUGAUCUUAUUCCUUUGAUUAGAUUUUUUCAAAUUUUUUCUGAUGAUUUUUAUAAAUUUGUUUAUCCUUACAAAAGAAUUUUACCAAAAGUUUUAAGAAAAGAUUUAGUUGCUUAUUAUAUCACUUCAUAUUAUACACCAGAGAGUGUAGUUUUACCAGCAAGAAAGACUAAAAGCGAUGAUAUUAAUUCAACAACAUCAAAUGAUACGAAAAUUACCGAAACUCAAAACUACGAAACAUCAUCCAUUACUUCUAUAAUACAAGAUUCAAUAUAUUCAUCUAACUCACCAGAUUUAAAAAUUCAUUCAGAUUCUUCAACAUAUUCAGAAGAUUCAUCAAUUUUAUCGGAAGAAGCAAAGACUCUUAUUGAAAAUUGGAUCAAUGAAUCGGAAAAGGCAUCAUGGAUUCCAAAUUAUCUUUAUAUUGGAAAAACUACAAUACAAAAAUGGAGAUGGAAUUUAUUAUAUCGUGCUAGUUGGAAUGGUUAUUCUCCUGUUAAAUUUCAUCAAGAAUGCGAUAAUAAAGGAUCAUGCGUGAUUGCUGUAAAAAUUAAAAAUGAACCAAAUAAAGUUAUUGGAGGAUAUAAUCCUGUUGGAUGGUAUAAAUUAAAACAUGGUUGUAUAAAAUAUUCUCCCACGAAAAGUAGUUUCAUUUAUCAUUUAGAUGAAAUGGAUUUAAACAAUAAUUCAAUUUUAUGCCGUGUUAAACAGAAUAAACAUCAAACAGCGAUUUGUCAAACUAAUAGUUUUGGUCCAACUUUUGGUUAUUUUGAUCAUAACGAAUUUUUUGUUAGUAAAAUUAUUAAAUCUCAUUGUCAUACCGGAAUUACUUAUCAAAGCGGGGUUGAUAUCGGAUCAUUUGAAGUUGAAGAUUAUGAAGUAUUUCAACUUGUCAAGGAAUAA